CUUUACACUGAGCGGUACUGGACCACAGGCAUAUAGAAGAAAUCCACAGACAUAUAGAAGAACUACCGCACCCCCUCCCCCAAGUCCAAAAGUGCUUCCCGCCCUGAACUGCUGUCUGGCGUCAUCCUAUCGUUGCUAUCUCUCCAAUCAAAAUCUAACGGGGCGCAGUCUUCCGGUUCAGUGCCUAACUGUUUGUCAAGCCCUGCAGACGCUGUGAGCAUGGAACGAUGGUGUUAGGUAAAUCGCGAGGCUCCGACUAUUCUGUAACACGGUGGCAAGUUUGAGCGCAAAGUGCGAGCGCGCCGCUAUCUGGGAAUAUGAGCAAAGAAGUCGGUCAGAACAGACCCGCGUCGCUGAAAUUCACCAUCGAUAACAUUCUCAAUCUCAAGCGCAAUGAUAAGGAUGCGCAGCGCGAAGACGUGCAGGGGGAAUCACAGGGCAGGAGAGAUUCGUGGAGGGGUGACAUCAGAUUUCACUCUCAACAACCCGAGUCAAACAGCAGGAGUCAGGAUACAGAGUCGAGAGAUGAAAACUACGAGAAAAUCCCCCGUGUGUUACCGGUGGACAGAGAAGACACUUUGGAGGUGAUUGACACGUGUCCCACGACAGAGAGCACCAGCAGCGAGGAUAACUCCGAUCCGCAAAAAUGCAACAAGAAGUCCAAAGCGAAGAAGAAGACACGCACCAUCUUCUCUAAGCGGCAGAUCUUUCAAUUGGAAUCUACCUUUGACAUGAAGAGGUACCUCAGUAGCGCCGAGCGGGCUUGUCUUGCCAGCUCCUUACAACUGACUGAGACGCAGGUGAAGAUUUGGUUUCAAAACCGGAGGAAUAAGCUCAAACGACAGCUAUCUACGGACUUCGAAGGAGCGGGCGCUGCAGAUCUCUUCUCGGACUCGGCGAAGUCAGUGCAAUUGCCAGCGCUGUACAAAGAGAAUAACAUCAGUCAUUUACUGGGUGGAUGUAUGUUACCCGUUCCGCUCCCUCUCGUUUACUCGGGAAAUAGCUCGCCUUACUUGUAUUUCUCACACGCCAGCAAAUACCUUGGCCUGUUUGAUGGAGACGUAUAACAUAUGUUUGAAACUCGGAAGGUGUUUAAGAACAAAUAAUAAAAAGGACAAGGACCCAUAGCAGGGCGACCUUAGGCGAGCUCUUCCUCCGGACGACUUGGACUGUGGUAAUAAUGCAUUUACUUUUUUAAAUGUUAAAAUUAAUUUCUUUGGUUUAAUUUUGGUGCAAGGAACAACGCUCUGUCCUCCUUUAAAACACCAGACAUUAAAGUCAUCGACCUCUAAAGAUCUAAUGACCUCCGUGUCUCCAGUUCACUUUUAAAACAUAAUUCACUUUCUCUGUUUGCCGUAGUAAUAUAAUCAUGAGCCACUCUUCGUUUUUUAUAUAUUUUUUCAAGUUUCUGAAGGAACCAAGCAGCAAAUUGUCAGUCCGAGAUUUGGUUGAGAAUUCUUAAAAAUAUUACCACAAUUGUAUUAUUAUUAUUAUUAUUAUUAUUAUUAUUAACCAUAUAUAUUUUAUAUUCUUACAGUUAUUUUUAACACGGAGGUCAAACAACCAAAGUUUAAUGCAAGCAUUUAGGCACAGAUUAAAUAAAUCUCUGCAGAUAAUAAUAUUUCAAUGAAUGUACAAACAUCUUUUUUUAUCUGAUGCAUGUUUUCUAUUCAUUGCUUUAUCUUCAUUCUUAUUCUACAUCCUUAAAUCACAUCUAUGGAAGUCAGGAAGUAGAGUUCACUCAUGAUUCUCAAUUCCCCCUACAUAUAUUAUUGUUACCCAGAGUUGGUCUUUCUUGUGUUCUUUCUUUCUUUCUUUCUUUCUUUCAUUCUUUCUCUCUCUCUCUUUUGUAAUUUUGUGCACUUUACUUGGAUCAUUUAUUUUUCAGACCAUCCUUCCCUGUUCUUCAAAUGCUUUUUAACAGAUAUUGACAUUAUUGAAUUUAUUGAGUUAUAUCCUGAUGUUGACACACAUAACAAAUGCUGUA